UCACGCUUGCUUGGCUGCGGGCAUCAGGUUGGGCUGAGGACGGCGGAGGAGGCGGCGGUCCCAAAGUCCGAGGGGGGACUCUGAAAGCGGCGCCUUUCUGGGGCAUCAGCUGCCGGGCACCGCUUGGCGCAUUGCGCGGACCAUGGCUGGUCGCUCCUUCCUCGCCUUCUUCUUCCUCGUGAGCCGCCUGCUGGCGCCGAGCAGCCCUUUCAAUCUGGAUGUGGAGAGCCCGACUGUUUACACCGGCCCACUGGGGAGUUACUUCGGCUUCGCGGUGGAUUUCUUCGCCCCCGAUCGCUCCUCGAUGUUUCUCCUUGUGGGUGCUCCAAAGGCAAACACAACCCAGCCAGGGAUUAUACAAGGAGGCCAGGUGCUCAAGUGUAACUGGAACUCCAACAGAAGAGACUGCGAGCCUAUCAUAUUUGAUGAUACAGGCAACAGAGAUUUUACUACAAAUGAUCCUUUGGAAUUCAAGUCAAAUCAAUGGUUUGGAGCAUCGGUGAGAUCUAAGGAUGAUAAAAUUUUGGCGUGUGCCCCAUUGUAUCACUGGAGAACUAUACAGAAAGCGGAGAGGGAACCUGUGGGAACAUGUUAUCUUCGUGACGGGUCUAAAACUGUUGAAUAUGCUCCCUGCAGGUCAACCGACAGCGAUGCUGAAGGACAGGGCUUUUGUCAAGGUGGAUUCAGCAUUGACUUUACCCAGGAAGAUAGAGUACUUAUUGGAGGACCUGGAAGUUUUUAUUGGCAAGGCCAACUAAUUUCUGAUCAAGUGGCUGAGAUUGUGUCGAAAUACAACCCUAAAUCCUACAUUACCAAAUAUAACAACCAGUUAGCAACACGGUCGGCCAGUGCUGCUUUCGAUGACAGCUACUUGGGUUAUUCGGUAGCUGUGGGAGAUUUCAGUGGAGAUGGCAUAGAAGAUUUUGUGUCUGGUGUCCCAAGAGCAGCAAAAACGUUGGGCCUGGUGUCCAUUUAUAAUGGAGAAACCAUGGCAUCCAUGUAUAACUUUACUGGAGAACAGAUGGCUGCUUAUUUUGGAUAUUCUGUAGCUGCCACAGAUAUCAAUGGAGAUGGUUAUGCAGAUUUAUUUAUAGGAGCCCCACUCUUUAUGGAUCGUGGUUCUGAUGGCAAACUUCUAGAAGUGGGCCAGGUAUCUGUUUAUCUUCAACAAACCUCUGGAGGCUUUCAGACUCAGGUCAUGAAAUUGACUGGCUUUGAGGUCUUUGCAAGAUUCAGCAGCUCCAUUGCACCUUUGGGAGACCUUGACCAGGAUGGCUUCAAUGACAUCGCAGUUGCUGCUCCUUAUGGUGGGGAAGACAAGAAAGGGCUGGUUUACAUCUAUAACGGGAGAGCAACAGGUUUGAAUGGAGUGCCAUCUCAGGUCCUUGAAGGACAGUGGGUCUCUAACACCAUGCCACCGAGCUUUGGAUACUCACUGAAAGGAGAUACUGACGUGGACAAAAAUGGCUAUCCAGACCUGAUUGUAGGAGCUUUUGGUGUUGACAAAGUUGCCUUAUACAGGGCACGGCCAGUCAUUACUGUAAAUGCUGGACUAGAAGUUACCCCAACCAUUCUAAAUCCAGAGAACAAAGCCUGUGAAGAGAAUGGCCAGAAAGUUUCUUGUUUUAAAGUGAAAUUCUGCUUAAAAGCUGAUGGCAAAGGAAAUCUUCCCAGUGAACUCACUUUCCAUGUGGAGCUGCUUUUGGACAAACUUAAACAAAAAGGCGCCAUCCGGAGAGCCCUGUUUCUCCACAGCAGACAACCGACUCACUCCAAGAACAUGACUGUCGCAAAAGGGGGUCGAAUGAGCUGUGAAGAACUUCAGGCUUUUUUAAGGGAUGAAUCUGAAUUUAGGGACAAGCUUACUCCAAUCACCAUAUUCAUGGAAUAUCAGCUGGAUUAUAGAACAUCUUCGGAUACUACUGGUUUACAGCCAAUCCUCAAUCAAUUUACUCCUGCAAACAUUAGCAGACAGGCUCAUAUUCUUCUGGACUGUGGUGAGGACAAUAUCUGCCGGCCAAAUCUGAAAGUGAGAGUUGACAGUGAUCAGAAGCAAAUCUAUAUUGGAGAUGACAAUCCUUUAACCCUGAUUGUCAAUGCCGAGAACCUAGGAGAGGGAGCCUAUGAAGCUGAACUCUUCGUAACCAUCCCACUUCAAGCCGACUUCAUCGGCAUAGUUCGCAACAAUGAGGCUUUAGCAAGACUUUCAUGUGCAUUUAAAACUGAGAAUCAGACUCGGCUGGUUGUCUGUGACCUUGGAAAUCCUAUGAAAGCAGGAACAAAACUUUCAGCUGGUCUUCAUUUUAGCGUUCAUCAGGAAUCUGAGAUGGACACCUUCGUGAAGUUUGACCUGCAGAUCCGUAGCUCGAACUUGUUCAACAACCUAAGCCCAGUGGCAUCGUAUCAGGCAGACCUGGCCAUCCUAGCAGCUGUUGAAAUCAGGGGGGUCUCUUCUCCUGAUCACAUCUUUCUCCCAAUUCCCAACUGGCAAUCCAAGGAGAAUCCAGAAACAGAAGAUGACAUAGGGCCUCUGGUUCAACACAUCUACGAGCUCAGAAACAAUGGCCCAAGUGCCUUCAGCAAGGUGAUGCUCAGUCUUCAGUGGCCUUAUAAGUACAACAAUGACACCCUUUUGUACAUUAUGAAAUAUGAAAUCGAUGGGCCUAUGAACUGCACUUCUGAUAUGGUGAUUAACCCGCUAAAAAUUAAGAUGUCAUCGCAAGAAGAUGAAAAGAAUGAAACAGUUAAUGGAGAAGAUAACCGUGCUCACAAUAUCCACCGAAGGGAUCUAAGUGCUGCCGAGGAAGAUGUGCAAACAUUGGGGUGUGGAAAUGCAGAAUGUUUAAAGAUACUCUGCCAAGUUGGUCGUCUGGAGAGGGGGAAGACUGCAAUCCUGUAUUUAAAAUCUCGCCUCUGGGCUCAGACUUUCAUGAACAAAGAAAAUCAGAACCAUUCCUAUUCUCUCAAGUCAUCUGCUUCUUUCAGCGUUAUCGAGUUCCCCUACAAGAAUCUUCCCUUUCCUGAAGAUGUCCACAAUUCUACAAUAGUUACCACAAAUAUUUUGUGGGGUAUUCAGCCAGCACCCAUGCCAGUGCAAGCAUGGGUAAUUGCACUGGCUGUCCUAGCAGGAUUGUUACUUUUGGGCCUUCUAGUCUUUAUAAUGCACAAGAUGGGUUUCUUCAAACGUGUGCGGCCACCUCAGGAAGAACAAGAAAGGGAACAGCUGCAACCCCAUGAAAAUGGAGAAGGGAUAUCAGAGGCUUAAGCAGUGUUUUAGCCGUGUCAUUUACCAAAAGGUUUAGUGUGAUCAACAUUUUCCUUUUAAAAUGUGUACUUUCGCCUUGAGGGACAGACAGUCCAGAACUGCACUGCAAAUGUCUUUUGGCAUUGACAAUAGUCUAAAGGUAACUGCAAAAUGAGAGCAAUAUAUUUUAGCUUCCCUCAUAUUAAUCACGUUCACAUAUGUGACUAAUACAUGUGCACUGAUGAGCAUAUUUUAGUGCCGCAAUUUUGCUUAUCCAGCUCCAGAAAGCAAAAGUUUGGGUUUUUUUUAAAAAAAAUGUGUAUUGAUUGGUACAACUUGAACUGCUACAGAGUUUGCAGGCCUGCAGCUACUACAUCUGUUUAAUGAACUACCUGGACACUAAUUGAUGACCUGCUGAUGAACUUUCCCAGCUGGACUUUCCCAAGGUACUUACCUGCUCUUUGAAAUACUUAUCUGGAACUACAUUUUCAAACUAGAAAUAUCUAACUAUACAAAACACACAAUGGACUGCUGCACAGAUCUGCUUCAAUUGUCUCUGUCGAUGAGCCUGUCAUAGAAGAGGACUAUGCUGUCUCUGUAGUAUGGUAUCCAUUCAAGGAGUUGCUGUCCGCUUCGUAGAGUCUUUCAUAGGGAAGAUAUACUUUGGCUUCCAGUUUUUUAUGGGAGAUCAUUAGCUCCUUUUCUAGGCACUAAUAUACCAGUUCUAUGUAGCAUCAGGGAAUUGAUUGAUUCAUGCAACAAUCUUCUGAUACCUUUUCUAGUGUUCCUUAUAGUUUCUGCACUUAAGAAAACUCAAACCCAAACCUAAAUUCUGCAUUCAGAAUAAAUUAUGCAAAUUAUAUAUUUGCUUUGUUUUUACUUUGCAUAACUUAAUUCUGCUUUUCAAAAUCCAGGUUUUUAGCAAAACUAGGUUUAUUAGAAGACAAGCAAGAGGGGAAUAGGGGGAGGGAAGAAGAAGAUGCUUGAAUGAGAUGUAAUUGUAGUUAUGGAAAGUGUUAGGAAUCUGUGCAGAGCAGUAAAGGAACACCCCUGUACCACUAUACACCCAGCUCUGCCCCAUAUCAGACAUGCCCCACAAUUUCCUGUUCUUCUCCACAACCAUAGGAGUAGAAACCUCUUCCUCCUUCAAAAUAAAGCUGAAGAGGACAGAUACUGUACCAGAUCCUGGAUUAUGCAUUCUCAGAUAUGCAAAAAUAAAUCCCAGUCUAGAACUAAGGCAAAAAGGGAGUAGUCAGGUGAUGGUAGUGAUCACACAGUCCUAACUGUUACCCAGUGGGGGACAUGAAGGGAUACUGUCUAUGUUGGAGCUUCUCUUGGACUUUGUGACCUCACAGGAAUCCCGCUCCAUGGCUUUUAUACUAGGAGAUUUGCCAGUUUCUAACUGCCAUCACCAAGCGGUAAAAUUCAGGAAAAAAAUGCAGUUCAUUUUAAAAACCCACAGUAGCUGAAAGCAACGGAGUAACGAAGGGCAAGAGCUUUCCUCCAGAAUAGCUUGUAGGAAAUGUAUGGGUAUGUUACCCAUUUGACUUUUAGCGACAAAGAGCCUUAAAGGCUGAUUUAUAAUGAGUGUAUUGCCAUGGACUUCAGAGACCAUGGAGCGUAAUCUUAAAUUUUCUGGGAUUUUUGCCAGGAUUUGCUCUAUGCAAGGAGAUCUAAAACUUAGGGGAGAAAGUUUGACCAGGAAUUCAAGAGCUCUCACGAAGAGCUUUUACUGAGAAGGCCAAGUACAAAAAGUUGACUAUAAAGCUGAGUUCUUAAGUUUGUUUUUUUCUUCCAAGUGUCAUAAGGCAAUUUACUGGGAAAUUAUAAGGAUAUGCCUUUGUAUAGAAAUAAACAACUAUUGAUAACUGCCACAGUUAUCAAAGGCCAUUUAUCAAAGGUAUGUGAUUCUGAAUCACUUAGAAAUUCUACCUGGUUUCCUAAUAGUCUUCUGUAUUUUGUGUAACAGGAAAAUUAUUCAGGUACUGAAUUCCAACGUUGUUCUUGGGCCUAAUUCACACAUGCACGUACAUCACUUGAUUUUUCUGCUACUGAUUACUGUGUAUUUUUAUAUACUUGAUAACUAGUAUGAACUGGCACUGGAAAACAUUGGAUCUGAAGUGGAGUGAAGAGAUGAUAUUUUAUCUGCAGUGUCAGACUUGUCAUGCCCCUUUCACAGAGGCAAGUCCUCACUUGACACUGUAGUAUAUCAAGCGAUGAACAUGCAUGUAUGAACAGCUUCAAGACAAUGAGACGAACUGUUCUGGCUCAAAGUAACCCAUCUUACAGAUACCUCUAUUGAAAAAGGAUCUUAUUUUGUAGGCAUAAUCCUCAUUUGCAAAAUGCAGUGACCCUAUCACUUUCUGUUUUGAGUUAUUUAAUACUUUUGGUCUGCCACAUUCACACUGUAAUUCUAUGUAAAUAGCAGUCUAGUUUACCUAAAGGCCCUCUUUCUUGGAUAUCUCCCAGGCCAUUCAGGGGAAUGAGCUUGUACUUUAUGUAAAUAUUUUUAAAGGGAAAAAAGGUCACAAAAGUAGGCAAAAUAAAACGUCCCUUUAUAGUGAUAAGUCUUUUACAGUUAACAUUUUCUCGUAAAGAAUAUAUAUCUUGUACAAAGUAGAACCCAAUCCAUCAAAAGGUACAAAGAGCAGGACCCUUCCAAAUGCAAAAUAUUAUUUUGCCCUGUAUUUAAAGAUAGCUGUCAGUACGCCCUCUCAACAGUACAGCCCUAUGCAUGUCUACUCAGAAGUAAGCCCUGUUUUGUCCAAUGAUUGGUCCAGGAUUCCUCUUCACAUGGAGGGUAUGUGCAAGGUGCAACUUCACACAGCUGCCAAAUGUGCAGCUGGCAGUGAAGCACAGCUCGCUAAUAGUAGCCAGAGUGGGGCUAGCUGGUGCAACAGUGUGAGCCCAUCAUGCAUGCUCCCAAUGCAUGAGGGAAGUUCAUGUGGCAUGAAUUCUCAUGGCUAUCUAUUAGUAGUACUUAAGAGCUAUAACCCAAUAGGUUUGGGGUAUUCACACUUUGAAAUGUUCACACUUUCCAUUUAAAUCCCCGAAAACGGCAAGAUUUAGGAAGCCAACAAAAGUGCAUUAAAGAAAUUAAGGUUAGGUAGCAAACAUGACUGAACAAUGUUUUCAAUGUUAAUGUGAGGCGUGAGAGAGGUUUUGCAUUUUGAAAGGUAUUAUUUUGUAAAUUCAGUGCUCUGUACUAAGAUAUACAUGAUGCUAAUAAGGGACUCCCUAAUGCUCAGAUGAACUAUCUACAGGGGUUAGUUAUUCAAAGACAAACAGUAUGACAGCUGUUCUUGCUCUGCUACUUGUAAUCAUUAUUUUUGUCCUGGUGUCAACUAUGGUUAAUCAAGUUUUGUUGGCUUCUGAAGCACUAUAAAAAUAUGAAAAAUCUGUUUGACCAGAAACAACAGCAGGAUGGGUGGAAAAAUGAAAGUAUGUGUUCUGUGGGCAGCUGUGGUUCUAUGAUGCCCCCUUCAAAUUUCUAAUAAACUAUAAUCUGUACAGAGCUAUUUGGACUGCCCCAGAACAAAUGUAUCUCUUCAUAAAAAAACUCCAGUAAUCAACACUAACCAGUCUCCUUAAAAUACUGUCUUAAUUUUGUAGAUGGAGUAGUAUCUCUUUCUUGAUACUGAGUUUAUUCUAUAAUGUUGGUGCACAAUUACUUCAUCUUCAUAGCAUAAUCUUAAAGUAUGGAGUUAAUUCAAUUCCCUUUGAUGUCACCAAAAUUUAAUGCUAUUGAAAUUGAAUGGGAGGGGGAGGGGCAUUCUUUCCCUGAUUUAAAACAAACAAACACGUGCAAGACAUCUUUUAUAACUGGUUUUAAUUAACUACUUGACAAAUUAUCAUCAACACUCUCAGGCCCAAAAAACCAAUAAACUGAUCCUAUAAUUCUACUGGCAUACUCUUUCCUAUGGAGGCAGCUGUUACGAAUAAUCUCCAGUCACUUAAAAGGUGAUUCAUGCAUGCAGGUUCACUGUUCAGUGCCAUAGGGCAAUCAUUAAAAACAUUGUGUCUGAGGGCAUAUGAAAACCUUUAUCCUGUUCAAGCUGUGAUGGCAAUUCCAAAGGCAAUAUCAAGUCACAAUUCAAUAUUAAUGUUACAGGUUUGAACUUGAUGUGGAAUGUAUCCAUGUGUGAAUGUACCCAAUAAACACACACGUGUAUGCUAAAUGUAGGAACUACAUCCUGAAUGUGUGAAAUGCCUCAGAUGAAAAUUGCUGUGUAGUGUUGAUUAUUAACAAUUCUGUGAAGAAAGCUCCAUUUUUUAAUUAUUCAUUAUGUGGUACCUCUUUUGUUCAUGCAAAUCAUCACUGAUGUUGAACAUGCAUAUGUGAAUUCACUCUACGAAUGGUUUUUUUGCGAGCAUAAAGAGUUCCAGGGUCCCAGAAAGGAGGUGACUGCACUUUAACGCCCCUCAUGGGCUUCCUGGAGACCUGAUACAACCCUUUUGAUUGUAGAUCAAUCUCCUCCACUUGCCCUUUCCCUAUGUCUCCCUGCCAUAGUACAUGCUGUACUAGCAGAGUGCAAGAGUCUCGCCUUAUGAAUCGGUACCAGUGUGACAUACGAUGCCAAAGCCAAGCCCAGGAAAAGCAUAAAAUGUGGUACAGCCUAUUCGGGUUGGCUUGAAAUGUUUGUAGCAUAUAUGUCUCCCAGAGGUCAAGACCUGUUAGGCAGAGAGAGAAAAUAACUAAAGAGACAGUGUAAGCCUAAGCAGGUUUACUCGGAAGUAAAUCUGAUUGAUUUCAGUGGAACUUACUAGUAAGAGUGCUUAGGAUUGCAACCUGUGUGUCUAUGUAAUUGUUCCAGAAAGUGUUCUGAUUGCCCACAUUGGGUAAGGCACCAUGUAUGUUAUAAAGUUUGCUAGUUGCCAGUGUUACGAUUUAGUUUGCACAUGUUUGCAAGUGGACUCGUGACUGUAAAGUAACUAAGCUGACCAGCAGUGCUACUCUUGUGUCAAAUAAAUAUUCAUCUAAAUGUAUUGUCUCUGUAAAAUGAUGUUCAAUGUCAUUUCAGCAUAAAUUAGCCCGUGAUUUAAAACAGCAAGGAAAGUUUUAUUUAACGUUAACACUAUUGUGUAACACUAAUAGUGGCCUUUUCUAUGGGCUGAAUCCAAAUAUUUGCUCAAGUAGUUCUGUAUGCCUAAGUAUGUUUGCUUUGGACUUUUUAAACCAGUUGCCCAUGCUGCACUGUAAAAGACUUUUCAAACUUGGGGAUUAAUUAGUCAUUACAAUAUAGAGCUGUUGGAGUUCAAUGUCCCUCUUUCCCUUCUUCCUUGUAAUGAUACAAUAAUUUAUUGUGCCAUGCAUUGCCUCUCUGUGGCUGGCCAAUAGCCAGUUAUGUGACAACACACUGCAAUGACAACACAUCAGUGUAUUGUGUUUACCUAGAUAUAAAGAGGAAGGAGAGAGGGACUUUCUUGUAACCCUGACAAAUUCUUCAAUGAGUAGCAAAAAGCUUCUUAUGAUAUACCAUGGGGGUGGGGUGUCUGUAGCUCAAAAAUAAAAGUUAAAAAAAUCCAAAUGGGUGAGUACAAGCUAGUCCAAAAGAAAUCUUUAGAUUCCAGCCUAAAUUAGUGAUCUUGAUUUUUAGUAAGCAUAUUUUAUUUUAUCAUUUCCUAAUAUUCAUUUUUAUGCAUAGGUAGUGCUUAAACAUCUAUAGCAUUGAUUAGACAAGCUGGUAAUUGUGACAAAGUAACUGCUCUACAUUUGUAGAACUCUUUGCUGGACCUCCACCCCCUGUCAUUCAUAUGAUGGACAUACAUUGAUAAUAUGAAUUUCCUGAUUAACCUGUGUCUGCUUAUGACUGUGUGAUGUGUACAAUAAUACAUCCUUGGGUUUAUCCAAACAUUUCAUAUGUCUCCCAUACUAUUUCAAUAUGCAAGAUUGUACAGUUUAUGAACUGAAAGGAUACUUCUACACUGAAAACCUGCUUUUAGUUAUGCCAAUUUAACUGUCAUGACUGCCCUAAAGAACUCUGGGAAUGGUUAUUAUUUAUGUAUGUGUUUAUUUAGGGUACUGAGAAUGAUCUUACAAAUCCCUAGUUCUUCCCCUACAAAACCUCCCUCCAGUUUCCAUAGUUCCCUGAGAAGACAGAAUGACUGUUAACCCAGUUUAAGUCUGUAGCAGAUACAUCCAAAAACAUUUUGUGUUCACUUGUUUUGGCUGCGAAAUCUUCAAUGCACUUUAUAUCCUCAAUUUUUUAGAAAUUAAAAGGAUAUGUAAGGAUCAAUAUUCUGAGACCUCAGAUAUGUUCACUGGGGUUUGAUUUAGUCUGAACAGCAUGGUCACACUGGUAAUGCUCUGGAAUAAACAUUAUAGAAGAAACAAUAAGCAAAAUCAACCAGCACUUAAUGCCUUUUAUAAAGCUGUGUGAAUGGAUAGUUUUUAACUAUGGAUAACAAAUAAUAAAAAUCUAUGUUGUAGCACACAACUGCGGUCAAAAUAGCCUAUGGCAGAUAAACUUUAUUACUUGUAUUUCCAAAUUGGUCUUUCCUUAAUCCCACAAAUCCAUUGAUGUUAAAACUUUUAUUAGUGUUGGAAAAGAAAAUCAGAUAUAUUUUUUAAUUGUUCACAUAAAUCAAUUAACCAUUUGUUCUUGUAAAUAGUACCUUAACUGAUGUUUUCAAAUAGUGAAUAAAAUACCUCUCACACUC